AUGUCUCUUAUCGGCGAUUCUAACCUCUCGUGUGUUUCGGAAAAGUUUGUUGUGGUUCUCGAUCUACUCGCUUUGGGAUUGCAUGUUGGUUUGUUUAAAUCCCCCCUUUCAGUUCCCAACAUUCUGAGGCUCCACCUACACCUGAAGACACCCGCACAGCGUAGGGAGAGGAAGAAAUGGACUCCAGCUGAUGACGAGGUUCUUAUCAGCGCCUGGCUCAACACAUCCAAGGAUGCUAUAGUUGGCAAUGAUCAGAAGUCAGGCACCUUUUGGAACCGAGUUCAAGAGUACUACGCGUCUAGUCCUCAUGUUAUAGCGGGGGGUCUGAAGACAAAGCAUAACCAUUGUAAGCAGAGGUGGCAUAAGCUCAACGACUGGACAAACAAGUUUUGUGGAGUUUUCGCUGCUGCAGAGAGACGAAUGACCAGUGGACAGAGUGAGAACGACGUUCUAAAGCUGGCUCAUAAAAUAUACUACGAGCUCCAUAACCAGAAGCUGAACCUGCCUAAAACAACUUCCAGUUCCAAAAGAAAAACAUGUGAACCCGUUUCGCAAAACUCAAGCACCAAUUUUGGUGACGUUGGGGACGUCGGUGAAGUUCCUUACGUUGAGAUGCGACCUGAAGGUGUGAAGGCUGCUAAAGCUAGAAGAGCUGGUAAAGGGAAGACUAUUGAGGACUAUAAGACAAUGUGUGAGCUGAAGAUGAUAAAUUUGGAGAAGAAGGAGAAACUAUCCAAGCUCGGCAUUCUUGACACUCUCCUUGCUAAGAAGGAACCGCUUAGUGAGGCUGAAGAAGUCAAUUUCUACGUCAACGGAAGGGAAUAUCAUCUGGCUUACUAUCUAACGGAUGGUAUUUAUCCGAAAUAG